AUGGUCAACGCACCCUCACCUCCCAAGGGCGCAUCAAAGCUCGGGUACGAGGUUUUGAACAAGACGUUCCCCCCAGUUUCUCUCGUUCGGUUGCGCCAUGGUCAGUCGCAAAAGCUUUUCGCUUUCUGGCCUUUGAGAGCAAGUGCUGACCUCAAACCUUUUCAUUUGCUCCAUCAGUCAUCCUCACUUGGUCACGCUCUUUGGUUACCCAGGACAACGCAGCCUGGUUCGAGCACAACCUCUCCUUCGACGACUUGCUCUCGUCCCCGCUCGCUCGCAACGGUCGCAUCACCUUGUACGUUGAAAAAGACCUCAAAUACCGCCACCACCCGCCCAAGAUCUACAUCUCUAAAGCUCAGUUCGAGAUCCUCACGCGGUGGAUCGUCGAAGACGAGGCCGUCCCGGUCGAAAUAUGCAAGGCGAUGUCUCUCAAGCGCCAAUCCCUUCCGACUAGCAAGUUGGGGCCCAUCGAGGCGCGUGUCUACGACGACCCGAAAGCGUUGCGCGAGUUCGUUCAUUCCGAAGCGGCUGCAGAGGACAUAACCUCGCCUUCCAACAAACAGAGGCUCAUGCUCGCCGGAGAGCAGGUGGGGCCUCGUAAGGCCCAGAAGUCGACAUCGCCUCCGCCCGAUUCGGCGUCGACGCCCUCCACCCCUCCAGCGACCAGUCCCGAAGUCACCUCAGAACCGUCUCGUAAAAAAGUUAAGCUCGCCAAAGUUUCAUCAACAUCUACGCUAACUGUCGAAACAUCGCGAAUCGCAUCACCACCACAUCCAUCAGCGGCGGUACCCUUAGCGCCCCUUCCCCCUGUCUUUGACCUCGACGAGUGCUCGGUCGAGCUCGCCGAACUUCGUGCACGCUAUGCUCACGCCAAACGGUACGGUGGCGCGGCUUUCUUGUCCCUCGAUGUCGAGACGUGGGAAAGAGGCCAUGACGCCUUGCUCGAAGUCGGCUGGACCUGCGUCGAUUUCACGGCGCCUUCUUCCUCCUCGUCGUCGUCUUUGGAAUCCGACUCUGAUUCGGACAUGGGAACGGCGUCGGAAUCGGAAGGGGAAGAGGUGCCAGCUGCUCCCACUGAAUGGGCGACAGUCACUCGUACGGAUCAACACGUCGUCAUCGCGGAGAAUAUCACGCGACGCAAUGGUCGAUUCUCACCUGACGCUCGUGACGAUUGGGAUUUCGGCCCAUCGUCGCGAAGUGGGUCGGUCGAACCUACCGAGAUGACACUACCGGCGAGCAAGAAAGCCAAAGCCGACAAGGAGUCCAAGUCCAAGUCCAAGUCCAAAUACAAGCAAACGAUCAAGGUCCCUGCGGUAGUCAAGACCGAUUCCCUCCUGAUGGGUCUGGACAACCUCUACGCUUUACUCGCCGCGACGUUCGAAAAUAUUACUUCGUCGGAGAAGGACAAGCAGUUGUUCCUCAUCUUCCAUGAUCCUCGGAUGGACCUUAAAGCAUUGGGGAUGUUGGGCUUCGAGGAUGGUUUUGCCAAGCCGGUGAAGGAGUUGGCUGUACAAGCCAAGACUGGGGACAAGGGAGAGGGAGAGGGAGAGGGUAAUGUGUGGAUCAUCGACACCCAACGCGUCUACGCGGGAUGGAAAGGGUUCGAACACCGCAAGAGGUUGGAACGCUGCUGCUCCGAACUCGAGGUCGCUACGAAACGACUUCACAACGCGGGUAACGACGCGCAUUACACUUUGGAUCUGUUUGAGAGGAUGAUGGACCCGCAACGCAAACCUGUGAGCGACCCAUUUACAUAA